CUUUGGCAUAGAAGACACCUGAAUAUUUGCUGUGGACGUUUCACAUGCAAGUGUGGAGGUGUAGAACUGUGCAUACAGAAUUUAAAUGAACACAUCUAAAACAACAGACUUCCUCUUAAGCAAACAAUGUCUCUUGAAGACAAGCUGGACAGUUAUGAGGCAGAAGGGAUAUAUGAGUCUGAAGAAGAGUUCGAUGGCUCAGAUGAAGACUCUGCAUUGGACUCUUCAACAAGCUUCUUAACACAGGAAGAGUUGUAUGAAAAUGUGCCAAACUUGAAGAAAACCAGUUUAACUGCAUCUGCAAACUCAAAUGCUGUGACAGAGGAAUUACGUAUCUUGCUGCUGGGUGCUAGAGGGUCAGGAAAAAGCUCUACUGGAAACGCCAUCCUCAGGUACGACGCCUUUAAAGUGGACAUGCAGCUGAGAAGAGUUACGCAGUUCUGUGAAAAGGCAUCUGGAAACAUCAGCGGCCGGUCAGUCGCCAUAAUCGACACUCCAGGACUGAACCAGAUCGGGCGUACAGAGCCAGAAGUGACCAAAGAGAUUCUGAAGUCUUUCUCUCUCUAUACUCCAGGACCACAUGUGUUUCUUCUCAUUAUGCCUGUUGCGAACUUAACCAAUGAUGACAAAAGUAUGCAUAAGUUAAUCGAGAGCUUGUUUGGGAAGAGCAUUUGGAAGUACACCAUCAUUGUGUUCACUCAUGGAGAUCGUCUGGAGGGGAAAACAGGUAAUGAUGUCAUCGCCUGCUCAGACGAGGACCUUCGCAGUUUCAUCCAUAAGUGCAGCGGAGGGUUUUUGUUCUUCAAUAACAAGGACACGAGAAACGAUGAGCCUGUGAUUGAACUCUUAAAGAAAAUUGAGACCCUGCAGGCCAUCAAUGGCAAAAGCUGCUACACAACAUCGUUUUAUCCGGCCUCAGAGAGGAAGAUUAGGAAGAAAAUGGAGAAAAUACUAAAGCAGAGAAAAGAAGAGAUCACACAGAAGGAGAGGGAGCUGGUUAUGAAUUGCAAGAGCGAGCAGGAGUUUGAGAGAAAAAAGCAGGAAAUCUGGACAAUGGAAGAAGACAAUUCGAGAAAUCUGGCUGAGAAUCCGUCCAAACCAAAAGUGUCCAUCAAACUAGUCAAGCCGCACUCAGUUGGCCGCAAGUCAUCCAGAAGUAGCAGCUAAUUUAACCAGCCUCUAAUUUUCUCUUUUAAUACAUUGCCUACCAUCAAUUAUCUGCCAAAUAUUGUGUUUGUAUGUACUUGACGCAGCUAUUCAUUUUUGUCCACUGUAGAGGACUUUUAAAAUAUAUAUAUAUAUAUAUCUCCCAGACCAUACAUGCUACUGUUGUGCUGUAAAUCUAAGGGUAUCUUAAAGGAACAUUCCAGUUCAAUACAAGUUCAUCUCAAUCAACAGCAUUUGUGGCAUAAUAUUAAUUACCAUAAAACAUUAUUUAGACUUGCCCCUCCUUCUCUUAAAAAAAAAUCAAAAUAAAAUCUGGGUUUCACUGAGGCAUUUACAAUGGAAGUGAAUGGGGCCAAUCCGUAAACGUUAAAAUACUCACCGUUUCAAAAGACACAAACAUUAUGCGUGUUAACAUGAUUUUAAAGUGAUAAAAUGGUUUACUAACCAUUUCUGUUACAGCCAAAUUUACCACUUUGUUGCCAUAAUGAUUUACAGUCAUCAAACCAUUAAAUCACUGUAAAAAUGACCAUUUAUUCAACUUUACAACUCAUGUAAAGCAUGAGAUUUAACAGAAGAAGUAAUGCUAGUGGAUUUAUAAAAUUAUAGCUUUUCCAAAAAUGUCCUCCAUUCACUUCCAUUAUACGUGCUUCGCUGUAACCGUACAAACGUUCUAAUGAGUCUAAAUACAUUUUUGUGGUGAUCAAUAUUAUGCCACAAAUGUUGUCGAUUGAGCUUAACUUGUAUUGAACCUGGAAUAUUCCUUUAGAGUGGGCUUUUUAGAUAUACCAAAUGUUUUGGAGUUUGGCCAUGACAAUUUCCAUUCUUUGGUAUUUAAAAGUGUCUAACAUCACAAUUCCUCACAUUUUUGGGAUUUUAAUGUUUAUUGCUAAUAAAGAAAUCAAGAAAAACUUCCCGUUUGGUUAGUUUUUGGCAAACCAAUUCCUAACAAGCUUGGAAAAUUCUCUUUAGGUUCUAUUUUUCUAACCACAAAUGAACGUUCUCAGAAUGUUGCAGGGAUGUUUAUGUGCAAUAACCUAUUCAUAACUUUUACAGAAUGUUCUCCACUGGACAUUUUUUAGGUUAUAUUUUUCUUUCACUCUUUUCGUUAUUUGUUAUCAUAUACUGUAUUUAAUUAUUUUUCAUAUACAUUGCAGAGAGGUUUAAAAACAACAUUGACUGACAUUACUGCAGUACAGUACAUUUUACAUUAAAAUGUUAAAAUAAAAUCACAGUGUAUGGGAUUUGAGAGCAUUUGUCACAUAUUCCCUGUUGUCUUUUGUUUUUGUGUGCUUUUAUGUUGAAGUUCUUGGUUAGUUCCUGUUUCCAGUUAGGUUUUUGUAAUUCUUUGUAGUUUCAUUUUAUGAAUGGUUCUCCCCUGAUUGUUUCUCAUUCCCUGAUUGUUUCCCCAGGUGUUCCUUGUUUUCCCUUGUGUAAUUAAGCCCUUGUUUCCCCCAGUUAAUUUGUCAGUUCUUGCAUGUUUUGUUGUGCUCUGUGCUGGGCUCCCUGUGUUUUGAUUUAUUCUGAGCUUUCUUGUUUAUUUUAAUAAAGCUGCGUAUAGAUCCUCAUUCCUCGCCUGCC